GCCGAUAAGUUCCCAAAAUGCGGCUAAUUAUCCUGGAGUCUUCGAGUUCAGUCGCAGAAUGGGCCGCCAAAUACGUAAUGAAGCGAAUAAACGACUUCAAGCCGGAACCCGACCGCUAUUUCGUUCUAGGACUACCUACAGGGAGCACUCCAUAUGGAAUGUACCAGAAGCUGAUCGAAUUUUACAAAGCCGGGAAGGUCUCUUUCAAAUACGUGAAAACGUUCAACAUGGAUGAAUACGUAAACUUGCCCCGAGACCACCCCGAAAGCUACCACUACUACAUGUGGAACAACUUUUUCAAACACAUAGACAUUGACCCCCAAAAUGCGCACAUCCUGGACGGGAACGCUCCUGAUCUGGUCGAGGAGUGCAACAAUUAUGAGAAAAAGAUUACUGAGGCGGGAGGUGUGGAAUUAUUCAUUGGGGGAAUUGGUCCCGAUGGCCACAUUGCGUUUAAUGAGCCAGGGUCGUCACUUGUGUCUCGUACAAGGGUUAAGACUCUAGCUCAGGACACACUAGAGGCCAACGCGCGCUUCUUCGACAAUGAUAUCAGCAAAGUGCCUAAGCAAGCCCUAACUGUGGGGGUUGGGACUGUGAUGGAUGCGAAAGAAGUCAUGAUUUUGAUCACUGGAACGCAUAAGGCGUUCGCGUUGUACAAGGCCAUUGAAGAGGGGGUUAACCACAUGUGGACGGUUUCAGCCUUCCAACAGCAUCCCCACACUUUGAUGAUUUGUGAUGAGGACGCUACUUUAGAACUGAGAGUCAAAACUGUUAAGUACUUUAAGGCCCUGAGCAAUGUGCAUCAUAAGCUUAUUGAAGGGGAUGUCUCUCUUGACAAAAUGAGGACAAUCCAUUAACUUGGAUUUUUCUCUAAAUAAGAGGCCUCAAGAGCUUGUCAACAGUACAUAAUCAACUGGUGGAAGGAUGAUAAAACGCUAUUUUAUAUUAGUACUAAUACAUUUGCAUUUUAUAUAAUAAAUGCAUAUGUUUUUGCUAUUAUUUUACGAAAUAAAGAACAAUAAAAAUAAAAAUAAUUUAAAAAUAAAA